AUGCCAAAUGGUCACUCUAAUCCCAGGCACUCACCCGGCACUCACGGCCCACUCCAUGCGUAUGCCUGCCCAGCCAAUGACCAAGUCCAAGUCCAAGCGCCCAGCUCUGAGCUGCUGCACGCAAACCGCAUUUCUAUGCCCUCGAUCCAUAAAUGGGGCGACCAUACAGGCUACAGCAACGGCCUGAUCUUCUACGAGCUGGCCACGCACACGCCGUACCUGCCGCCCACGGUGAGCGUGUCGCGCGGCCGCAAUCUGGCCAGCGUCAAGUACUCGGAGAAGGGCUCCAUCUGGUCGACGUUUGGCCAGCCCUGCGAGUGCCUCGGCCCGCGCUGCGGCUGCUGCGCCGGCCUCAAGGUGGAUCAGUACAAGUUCGAUCAGAAGGUUUGCGCCAACGUCACGUUCGUGCCGCACCUGGAGGAGGCGCAGCUGGCGGUGUUCCUCAACGAGCGGCCCUCGUCCAAGUAUGGGAUAUCGUUGCGCAAUCCGUCGCCCUUCUGCAUACCCGUGAUGAUGGGCGUGCCGAUGGCCAUGUGCGUCCAGAUGACCGACAUAGCCAUGGUGGGCAACAACCUGAACAUGUGCAUGGACUUCGUGGUGCGCCUGGCCACCACCGAUCUCUUCGAGAUGCACUUCCAAUGCAUGCGCAUGGGCCUCGAUGGCGUCCAGUACGUGGACAAGAAUGGCAAUCCCGUGCUGCCGAGCACAAGCAGCUUGGAGGCGGAGAAUGAACAAGAAGAUGCGGCCGAGGAUGACAGUGCGAAGGAUGUGCAGGACUAUGACUAUGCCGACCGGGAUGACCAGAAAUACGCACAGCCCAGCGCAGAGCUCGAGGCCGAAACGGAGCCCGAGCCGUUGCCAAUCGAAAGUGAAAUGCUCAUGGCUGGGGAUCAAGAGCUGGCAGUGUCAUCGACUUACAAUGACGGCGAUGUUGACGCUGACGCUGACGCUGACGGUGACGGUGAAGGUGAAGGUGACAGUGAAGUUGAUGGCGUUGGUAAUGGUGAUGGCGAUGGCGACGGCGACGGCGACGGCGACGAUGACGUUGCGCAGCAGGAGACGGUGCCAAAGGAGGAGGGAGAGAAGGAGGCGGAGGAGGAGACGGCGGCGCCAGCACAGCUCGACGUUGACAAUGCUGGCGAGAGCGACCUAAAGCAAAACGAAGUAAUUGAAACAAUUACAAAUUCAAUAACAGCCAACGAGGCGCCAGCUGCAACAUCAACGACGACAACAACAACAACAACAACAACAACAACAGCUACAGCAGUAGCAGCAGCAUCAUCAACAACAGCAGCAGCAGCAGCUACUGAAGCUAGGCAGGAGUCUGAGGAGGAUGCGACAACGACAGUAGCUGAAGUUGCCAAUGACCGUGACAAUGAAGUGAAUGUGGAUGAUGACGAUGAUGAAGAAGAAGAAGGAGAAGAAGAAGACAAAGAAGAAGAAGAAGAAGCAGUCAAUACAGAUGCGGAUAAAGCUGAUGCAGAUGACAACGAGCUGGAGCCUACGACAGAGGCAGCAGCUGAGGAAGACACCGAGACAAGCGAGACUGAGGCAGAGACUGAGGGCUCAACGGCGGCACAGCAGGCAGCUGAUGUUGAUCAAGGCAAUGAUAAUGAUAAUGAUGAUGGUGAUGAUGAUGAUGGUGGUGAUGAUGACAACGAUGAUGAAGACGACAAUGAUGACGAUGAUGUGGACGAUGAGGGGUCAGUUGAGGCUAAAGACGCUGACGAGGCAAAGCUAAGCCAGGAGGCGUCAACUGCUAAUAGCAAUGAAAGCGCUGUCAGGCCAAGCAGCAGCAGCAACAACAACAUCAACAACAACGGUAACAACAAUGAGCCAAGCCGCGAAGCUGUUGAUGGGAAUGUAAAUGGAACUGAGGUUAAACAGCAGCUGCAGCCACUGCAGCAGCCGCGACGACUGCAACGCUUGCGCUUGCGACAGCGCAGCGGCAUUUAA